AUGAGUACAACGAUAAAAGAACGUUUAAGAAAAACACCUAACAAACUAAGCGAAGACUUAACACUUAGGCGGAAGGAAGUCAAAUGCACACAAAUGUCGAUUAAUACUCUAAGAGCUAUUGCGGCCCAACUGGGUGAAGUACAUGAGCUGGAGGAGGAACUUGAACAUAGCUUAUUACAGCAAUAUCAAGAUGGUACUGAUCUAGAAGACAUAAAAAUGCAGGAGAAGACAGGUGAUCGGGUGAUAGGAAAUAAUGGACAAUUAAAAAGAACAAAAUCAGUAUCAACAUCUGAUAAUUCACUCUAUCAGGGUGAUACUGAGCAAAUGGAUCAUAAGAGAAGAAAAAUAGAACAACUGGAUAGUUUAGAAAUGUGA